AUGUACCGAAGUCAUGACCCGGAGGUACAUGUACCUCCGGGUCAACACCAGUGUGACCGCUGCUCGCAGUCGUUCCCGUCUGCCCGGGGUCUCUACAACCACCGUACCUGGCACCAGACGCAGGACGCUGCAGCUCGGUCCGCAGGAUCUACCCGGCCCGCCCCCGCAGGCCCUGCACCUCAGGUUCCUCCUCUCGGCGACCGUGCCGAGACCCCUCUCCUCGACGCCUUGCCACAGGCAACGCUGUCACCAGGUCCUCCAAGCGUGCCGAGCCCCACUGGCCAGGCCUCGGUGUCACCACUCGGGUCCUCUACCCGAGGCGCGACGUCACCUGCGCACGACACCGGGACGCCACAAUCGCAGCCCUCGCCUUCACAGUCGCCGUCCACCUCACCCGAACCUGCCACGGACGACGGCGCUGACCCUGACGAGGCCGACGACCCUCCCGGGACUCCUCCGGUUGAGGACCCCAUCCUGGACAUGCCCCCAGACCACACCGACCUCCUCGGUGACCAAGCACGGCUCCUGCGCCAACUUCUUCGCGAGCCUCCGUCUCAGGAUUCCUGGGACCGCUGUGAGGCCGCGUGGGCACAGGCGGUCACUCUGGCUUCCGAGGCUGUCCGACUGCCCCCCCUGACGACCGAACGGCCACGUCGCCCUCUGAACCCGGCAAAUGCGGCUGACAUUCAACGGCUUUACAGGCGUAAUCGUCGCCGCGCCGUGCGGCUAAUACUCGAGGGCCCGUCCAGACCGUGCGAGAUACCACUUCAGGACCUCGAGGACCACUGGGGAUCGACGUGGUCUGAGAGGACGGCGGACACGUCGCUCCUCUUCAGGCGCCCCACUGCUCCGGAACCCGUCGACUUGUCGCCGUUCGCUCCCGACGAGGUGCUGCUCCGCCUCCGCAAGUCCGAGAAUACCGCUCCAGGGACGGACCGCUUGACGUACCACCACUGGAAGGCGGUUGACCCUGAAGCGCGGUUCCUGACGGCGCUCUUCAACGCCUGCGUCCACCACCGUCGCACACCCGACGCGUGGCGCACUUCGCGGACGGUGCUCAUUUACAAAAAGGGCGACUCCAACAUCCCCAGCAACUGGCGGCCUAUUGCCUUGGGGUGUACAGCCUCUAAGCUCUAUGCAAAGUGCCUCGCCGCCCGGCUUCAGACGUGGGCCCUCCAACACCAGGUGCUGUCACACUGCCAGAAGGGGUUUCUCCCAUACGACGGAGUGUUCGAGCUCAAUUACGUGUUCCAGCACCGUCUCGGCGCUGCCAGAGGCGGUGGCCCCGACCUCUGCGCGGCGCUGCUCGACUUCACAAACGCGUACGGGUCCGUUCCCCAUCAGGCACUCUUCGAUGCCCUUCGCGGUGCCGGCGCCGGUGACGUCUUCACCGACUUGAUCACCGACCUUUACGCCGGCAACCGCACGUGUCUGGUCGCCGCCGAGGGCACCUCCCAGCCAGUCCCCAUCUUGGCCGGGCUUCGCCAAGGUUGCCCCCUCAGCGGCCUCCUCUUCAAUCUGGUCAUCGAUCCGAUCGUCCGCGACGUCCAGGGCGAGGACGACGGCCAUAACAUCUUGGCCUACGCGGACGAUCUGACACCCCUGGCGACGUCACCCGUCCUCCUGCAGAGCCGCAUAGACAGGAUAGAGGCCCUCGCCACGAGUCUUGGUCUCUCCCUGAAUCCCGCAAAGUGCUCGUCGCUCCACCUCAGCGGCGCGACGCCUGUCGGGAUGCGGCCGACGUCUUUCCUGGUGUCGGGAACCGCCAUUUCGGCCCUCCGCGACUUCCAGCCGCAGCGGUUCCUGGGCCGCCCCGUGGGCUACCGACUGCCGACUUCGACUGGGUCCGUCAUAGACACAGCCAUUGACCAAGCCCGGAAGAUUUUCGCAUCGAUGUUGGCGCCGUGGCAGCGUCUUGACGCCGUCAGGACCUUUGUCUACCCGGCGCUCAACUUCCCGAUGCGCUGCGGGGUCCUCACCAAGACGGACUGGCGUCGCCUCGACGACGCCAUACGUCCCCUGGUUAAGAGGACCCUCUAUCUCCCGGGCAACGCGUCCAACAACUAUGUCUAUGGCAGCGCUGCAGGCGGCGCUGCUGGCAUUCCGGUGGCGGCUGAACUCAGCGACAUCUGCCGGGUGGAUUCGGCCUACAAGCUCCUGACGACGACCGACCGGGGACUUCGGGACAUGGCACUCCUCGACGCAUACUCGGUGGCCUCUGCGAGGCUUGGAUGGGAAGCUACCCGCGCCGAGCUCGAGUCUUACCUCUCGGGGAACAUCGAGGACGUGUUCCGCGCCCCGGCCAGUCAGCUGCGCUCCGUGUGGACGGAGGCGCGCAAAGCGUCUCGCCGGCUCCAGGUUUACUGGACCCUCGACCCGGAGGACGUGCGCAUCACUUGCGGCGACACCACCAUAACGCCGACUCACCGCUGCCGGGUGAUGCGGUCCCUGCGCGAGGUCCUGGCCGCCGACCGCGACAGGGCCCUCCACGACCAGCCCAACCAGGGCAAGGUCCUGGCAUGCGUCGCAGCCGACCGGGCGAGCUCCCACUUUAUGCGCACGGGGGCUUAUACCCACUUUGCCGACUGGCGGUUUAUCCACAAGGCGAGACUCAACCUCCAUCCCCUCAACGGCGCCCGGAUGUGGGGACAGGCGGACCGAGACCAGCGGUGCCGCAUCUGCGGCUACGCCCGGGAGACGUUACCGCACGUCGUGUGCCAUUGCAUGGCACACAGCGCGACGUACACGGCGCGACACAACGCCGUGGUGGACCGCCUCCGCACCGCAGCGUCGGCCCGUUUCACAGUCGCAUUCGCCAACCGCCCAGUGGGUGACACGAACCUUCGGCCGGACCUGGUAUUGGUGAGCGGCGAGGAGGCCAUUGUCAUUGACGUGGCCUGCCCGUUUGAAAACACCCCGGACGCCCUCACCAAUACACGCAACGAGAAGGUCGCCAAAUAUGAGCCUGUCGCGGCAUACCUUCGGCGUCGAUACCAGCGGGUCACCGUGGCUGCCAUCGUCGUCGGCGCCCUGGGCGCCACGGUGACCCGCUGGUGA